AUGUUAGGCAAAAAAUAGAGUUCAUUUAUUGGCUUCAAUCCAUUUAAUAAAAUUGUAAAAGAAAACCCAAGUAUAAGUACUAGAAUCAUCAACAAAUUGAAAAGUUUAUUUUAGAUCAAUUUAAAUCCUUCUUCUUAUAUAAAAAAGGAACUUAUAUCUUAAUAAACUAUUUAUGUUCCAGUAGAUUUAGAAAUAGUUGGAGCAUAAACUAUUGAACAUGGUAUCAUUCAUUUUCAUUUAGAUUCUAUUCAAAUUUGUAAUUCUCAAAAUAGCAUAAAAUAAACAAGAAACAAAUUUAUGAGCUUUAAUGAUCAUAUAAAAGAUUAAUAGAAAGAAAAAGUAUAAUAAAAUGAAUUGUCUUAAAAAGUUUAAUAAAAAGAGAAUAAACACAUGAAAAAGUUCAAUUGUAAAUUUAAAACUUUAUAAAAAUAAGAAUUAUAAUAUAGUUUUGAUCCUGUACUUCCAGAAGAUAUUGAUAUAGCUUAAACUAAAUAGAAUAAUAUAAUUCAUCCUAAAAGAAAACUUAGUUCUUAAUAAUACAAAAAAAGAAAACUUGAUUGUAUAAUUAUAAAAUAUAUUUAGAGAAAAAAUAAUAAGUAGGAAUCAAAUUUGUAUUUAAGGAUCAUAUAUAUGAUUAAAUUUAGGAUAGUAUUAAUGAAAGUAGAAUAAAAGAAGUUCCUGAAUAAAUGACAGAUGAUUCUCUUAAAAAUAAUAGUCUUCUUGUAUCUGAUCUAAAAUAGGAGCCAAAAAAUAAAGAAAUGAUUAUAAUAUAAUUAGAUGAUGAGAAAUAAAAAUAGAUUGAACCUCCUAUGCUUACAAUGAAUGAAAUCAUAGUAAAUCAAUCAAAAGGAUUAAAGAAAUCAUAAUCUAUGAUUAAUUUAAAUGAAUAAGAAUCCAAAUCUAUUACUUAUAGCCCUAAAAUACAUGAAAACUCAUAAUCACGAAAUCAUUCUGAUAUUAUCAAUAAAAUUAAUGAAACUAAACAAAUUGAUCCAUUUAAUGAUUAAGUGAAAAAAGAUAUAAUAAAAAUUGAUAAAUUAACUGAAUUUUCAGUAUAACCAUAAUAAAAUGUUAUCAAUUUCAUAGUACAAGGCUCUGAAAAAUAAGAUAUAAUUAAAAUAACAAAUAUUAAUACAUAAUUAUAGAAGGAACUUUCUGAAGAGAAAAAGAUUUCUGAAUAAAAAGAGAGAAAUAUUAAUAAUUUUUCAGAUACUCCUUUAUUUGGAUUUGGAAAAUGUAGAGAAGGUUAAUAAGGAUAAGUGAUUCAAAAUAAAAUUAAUGUACACUCAUCUAUAUUUGCAUCUUAUGAUUCUAAGGACUUAAAUCUAUUAAACUCUUCUAAUUAAAAUUAAAAUUUGUAAUAAAAUUAAUUUACAUUCCUUUAAAAUAAAUCAAAUAUUUCAGUAAUUUAAGAUUAACCUUCAAAUUCUAAUGAAAAAAAUUAAAAAGAUAUUUUGAAUAGACAAGAAGAAAAUAAAUAAAAUAAUGGUAUGUAUAAUAAUACUUCUAACAAUUAAAAUGAAUAGUUUCGCCCUAUGAAAUAACUUUUUUAAAAUUUAAUUUUUUAAUCUCAAUCAAUAUAAGGAGAAUAGAGAAAAGAAGAAAAUAAUUAGGAUUAACCUGAGGAUAAUUAACCUAAUUCUAUUGGAUUAAAUCGUUAAUUAAAAUCUAAUAAUGAAUCAUAAAAACAGCAAAACAAAUGUAAUUUCUCUUCUACUGAUUAAUUAAUUAAAUAAGUUACUACUCCAGUUCUAUAAUAAUCUCCAAAAAUUGAUUAAGAACAAAUAAUCUCUUAUUUUUCAAAUCAUUCAUAAUAAUAAAAUAGAAACAAUAAAGAUGAUCCUGCUAAAAUUUAGACUUCAUAAUUUUCAGAUGAUCUAUUUAAAUUAUAAAAUAAUGGUACUUCUAUGUUUAACCCUUAAUCUGCAUAAUCAUCACUUUUCUCUUUCCAAUAAUUAUCUAAUUAAUAAAAUUAGACAAAUUAAUUUUUACCAAAUUUUAAUGUAUUUUAAACAAGUGUAAAUAAUAAUAUGAAUAUGGAUAAUAAUAGUAUGAAUAAUAAUAACAAUAUGGAAAUUACAAAUACACCAUUACCUACUUAAUAAUUCUAAUUUACAUAAUAGUUAUUGUAGACUUAGAAUCCACUUGGAUCAUUUAAUUAACCUUUAUCAGAAUCCAAUAAUUUCUAUCCUUAAAUUCAAUAGUAAAUUUAAAGUGGAUUUAAUGUAAUUUAAUUUAAUACAACAAAUCUCAAGUAAUAAAAUGAACAUUAAAAUUAAUUACUUUAAAUCCCUUAAACCAAUUGUAAAAAUUAAUUUAUAAUACUAAGGCAUAUUCACUUAAGAUUCAACUAAAUUAACAAAUUAAUCUUAAAGCUUGAAUAGUAGUUGUUAAAGUCGUAAUGCUAAAAGGAAAUAAAGAAUCGAUCCAUGA